AUGCCUGUUACUCGGUCAAAACGUACCAUCAAGACUGAGGCCGUUUCGCCUUCCCCCACAAAAGUCACCAAGAUCAAGAAGGAAUCGGUUACCAGGUCUCCCAAGAAGCCCAAGAGAAACAUUGAGGAGCUCUUCCAGGUAACCGAGGUGCCUGCUGAUCUUCUGAUUCCGCAAAGUUACGUUGAUCACCAUGUCGAGGACUUUGUCAAGGGUGUCAAAUACAUUAUCUCCAAAGACCCCACAUUGUACCCAGUGAUCGUGCAUUCUCCGUUCGAAGUGUUCGCUAAGAAGGAGGUUCCCGUGCUUCUGGAUCAGGAGAAGAUACACAAUUACUGGUACGCGUUGAUCAAGUCCGUGUUGGGUCAGCAAAUCUCUGGCUCUGCUGCUAAGGCUAUUGAGGUGAGAUUCAACCAAUUGCUUGAAGGCAAUUGCAAUCCGCAGGCGGUGUUGGAUCAUGAUCCCGAGAAGCUCAGAUCCGUUGGACUCCUGGGCCAAAAGCUCAAGUACAUCACGCAUAUCAGCGAAGUUUUCAACACUCCAGGAACGAAACUUACAGACCCGCAGUUCUACAAGGACAGUACCAAUGACGAGCUUGUGGAGGAGCUUACAAAACUAAAGGGUAUCGGGGAGUGGCUGGCUAAGAUGUUCUCUGUUUUCACCCUCAAGGAGCUUGAUAUUUUUGCCUAUGAUGAUUUAGGAGUGGCACGAGGCGUCUCUCGAUACUUGGCCAAUCGACCCCAGCUUCUCCAGGAAGUGAAAGACGGGGUGCAUGCUGUAGAGGUGCUCAAAGCGGGACUCAAGAAGAAAGGCAAGUUCAUGACGCCUAGUUCCAAGAGAGACUGGACACCGCUCCAUGACGAGUAUGUCAACUGGUGUUCAUGCUUAUAA